GUUUGUAUAUCAGAAUUAUUUAGCUUUUAUCAAAAGUGCUUACAAACAUAUCCACUUACUGAUAUUCCUAUUUUACCAACACAAGCAUCUGUAUUUUUAAUAGCAGAGCCCUAUGAAUGAAUCAUGUCCAUUAUCAACACAUCAUAUGUUGAAAUCACCACCUUCUUCUUGGUUGGGAUGCCAGGGCUAGAAUAUGCACACAUCUGGAUCUCUAUCCCCAUCUGCAGCAUGUAUCUUAUUGCUAUUCUAGGAAAUUGCACCAUUCUUUCUAUCAUCAAGACAGAGCCCUCCUUGCAUGAGCCCAUGUACUAUUUUCUUUCCAUGUUGGCUAUGUCAGACUUGGGUUUGUCUUUAUCACCUCUGCCCACUAUGUUAAGCAUCUUCCUGUUCAAUGCUCCUGAAAUUUCAUCCAAUGCCUGCUUUGCCCAGGAAUUCUUCAUUCAUGGAUUCUCAGUACUGGAGUCCUCAGUCCUCCUGAUCAUGUCAUUUGAUAGAUUCCUAGCCAUCCACAACCCUCUGAGAUACACCUCAAUCCUGACAACUGUCAGAGUUGCCCAAAUAGGGAUAGUAUUCUCCUUUAAGAGCAUGCUCCUGGUUCUUCCCUUCCCUUUCACUUUAAGAAGCUUGAGAUAUUGUAAGAAAAACCAAUUAUCCCAUUCCUACUGUCUCCACCAGGAUGUCAUGAAGUUGGCCUGCUCUGACAACAGAAUUGAUGUUAUCUAUGGCUUUUUUGGAGCACUCUGCCUUAUGGUAGACUUUAUUCUCAUUGCUGUGUCUUACACCCUGAUCCUCAAGACUGUACUGGGAAUUGCAUCCAAAAAGGAGCAGCUUAAGGCUCUCAAUACUUGUGUUUCACACAUCUGUGCAGUGAUCAUCUUCUACCUGCCCAUCAUCAACCUGGCCGUUGUCCACCGCUUUGCCCGGCAUGUCUCUCCCCUCAUUAAUGUUCUCAUGGCAAAUGUUCUCUUACUUGUACCUCCACUGAUGAACCCAAUUGUUUAUUGUGUAAAAACUAAACAGAUUAGAGUGAGAGUUGUUGCAAAAGUGUGUCAAUGGAAGAUGUAACAGUCAUAUGUGACAGAAAACCUGGAAAUGUCUGGUAAGAUAUUUAAGGUAAAUUUGAGAAACCUAAUAUUUGACACCAAGAAUUAUCAACACAUAUUUUUGUUGUUGUCAUAGACUUAUUUUAUUCACUCUGGAUACUGCAAAUGAGAAUAGAACUAUAAACAGGAAGUACAUUGCCUUAUGUCCCCAUUUCAGUUAAGCAGAAUAAAAAUAAACGUCUUAUGAUAGCGUCUCUGAUACAAGCAACAAAUUACAAGCAAGACAGAAAAAUGAUAAUUUUUACAGUUCUGACAGAAGUUGGAUUUCUCAUUAUCUACAUUCAAUCUCUUAUACCAAGUUCUUUUAAUGCUAGACCUAAAUUAGCUGUCUCUUUAUCCAUUUUAAUCAUCUUAGCACACAACCAUUUUUUUAAUUUAAUCAUUUAUAUUCCAUAUUGGGAUACAUGUGCUGGAUUUUUACAUGGUUAUAUGGGACCCGGGUAGUGAGCAUAGUACCCAAUAGAUAGUUUUUCAGUCCAAUCCUGCCUCUUUCACUCUCUCCCCACCAGUAUUCUGCAGUCACCUGCAUUUCUCUCAUAAAAUAUUGCUAAGUUCCCUGCCUUAUAAUUGAUUCACAAUGAAAUGCAAGAGUAAUCUAUAGGCAAAUUGAAUGUGUAAGUGUCUCUUUUAAAUUUGAACUCUUCCUUUGUUAGAAAUACAGUUAAAUCAAUAAGGAAUAUAUUCUAAGACCCUACAUGGCCUGGACCCUUUCUACUUACUCAACAUCGCCAGAUACUCAUUAAUCUCCAGCCACAUCAACCUACUGAACAGUUUUUGAAUUUACAGAGCUCUUUGCUUUCUUGAGUUUUCACAUCAGAUCUCUUUUGUUAAAAUGCUCUUGACUCCAAUUUUGUAUAAUGCAUGUCUAUUUUUUUUCUUUAAAUUUUGGCUUAAUUUCCUCAUAGAUUACCUAGCCCUAGUUUGUAUUAUGAUCUUCUCUUUUAUCUCUUUCAUUGCGGGUUUAUUCUUUCAUCUUUUAUCUCUUUCAUUGCUGGUUUAUUCUUUAUUGUUUAUUAUACUUAAUAUUUGCAAAUACAGAUAUAUUGUAUCCUUAUUUCAUUUCUUUCUACUUCUUGAAUAAAGUGUACUAUAAGUGAUUGAAGAGACCUAUCUAUUUUCUUAUUUUUUCCUGCCUAAUGUCUAGGACACUUCUGAUGCAGAGUAGAUUUUAAUAAAUAAUUGCUAAUGAAUGAAUUUAAAAAUAAGACCAUAUUUGUUGAAAAAGAUGUUCACUGAGGAGUUCAGUAAUAUUUCUUCAAGGUAGGAUACAAGUUUUUUAAAUUGUCUAUUUCAAAUAUAGGCAUAUCAUUGAUGCUAAUGAUUUUUAAAACAGGAAAAAAAAGAUAUGAUGUUAAAGACAAAUUUAUUGCCUUGGAUUUGUGGCUGAAAAAUUGUCCAACUUUCCUUCCUAAUAUGACCUCAAAAUCUUGCAUAUUGCGAAAAUCAUUUUAGCCUUUUCAUUUUACCUACCCAUUGAAUCAAGUCAUUUUUAUCAACCACGUCAGUUCAAGUCUCCUACACUUCUAUCCUCAGGUGAAUCAAGAAACACCUUCCAGGAAUGUCAAAUGCUUAAAAAAUAAUCAGCCCACAACUGACCGUACUUCACAAUUAAUGGAAAAUCUUUAUAGAUACAAAUAUUGUUUUUAAACCUCUAAUUUAUGCAGGAUAUGCUUCCAGGUAUUUUUAGGCAUUUAAAAAAUUUGUUUUCAACAAUGACCCAGCUUUUUAUAAAAGGUUUUUUCCUAUUUAUUUUAGUUGAAGAGAUUGAGGCUCUGAGAGUUUGAUUUAAUGAAAUUCACACAGAGAGGAAGUCAAAAGCUGGGGUUCAAACCUAAUCUCUGAUGCUCCAGGAUAGUAUUAUCUUGAAUACAUUUUAGUUUUUAAAUUCAGGACUACGUAUGUUUUCACAAACCUAUCCUAGUGUAGAAAAUCCUAUCAUCAGAUCAGGGCAAGAACUGUUCCUAUGUUUGAGGUGCAUAACUGUAUCUAUCUACCUUUUCCAAAACCUUACAAAUACAGAUAUGGGUUUGGGGUUGUAGUACAACAAAGCAGUAGUUGACAUAUUUUAUUAAUUGAAAGAAAUAGAAGCUCAUAUUCUCCCAGUGUGAGGAUAGGCAGCCCAAUAUGAAGACUUCAUUUCCACUAAAAAGAUGAGGAGUAAUUAGGUGGCUUUAAUAGCAUCUUAUUCUUUCAGGAUAUUGUACAUAGAUGUCACAUAAAAGAGUAUCAAAGAUCAUCUGUAUUUUAGGGGUUUUUGACUGUCUUAAUAAAAUGAAAUGAAAAAUAAAAUAAAGAUACAUAAAUCUCAAUGGGGGAGGUGAAGAUUUAUGGUCAGCAUGAUUUUCACAUAUUCCUGAAAUGAAGAAUGUAGUUUUUGGAGGAUUAAAAUCUCAACUCUGGGGCUCCUUAAACAGUGGUUCUCAACUGGCAGCAAUGUUACCUCCAAGAGACAUUUGGCAAUGUCUGGGGACAUCUUUGGUUGUUGCAACCUGGGGCCGUGGGUGUGUCACUGACUUCCACUGAUUAGAGGCUGGAGACGCUACUAACCAUUCUUUAAUGUACAGGACAGCCCUUACCCAAAAGAAUUAUCCAACACAAAAUGUCAGUGGUGCCAAGGAUUAAAAAAAACCUUAGUCUAAAUGUAACUAUCAAAUAACAAAUGAUUAAGCCCCAUGGUUAAACAAAUUACCUUGAGCUCACCUACACAGCACCUAGGGGCAAUCUGAUACCAGAGAAGUUCCUCAGAAAGGAAACCAGUGAAAAACUGAGAAAAUUGAAAGACUUCAUUUGAGAGAUGUUAAAAGACUUAUUAAUCACACAUGAAAGUGUACAAAGACGAAUGCAAAGGAUGUAAACCUUACCAAAAGGCAAGUUCAAAUACUUUUUAAAAAGAUUCUAGUAAGUCUUCUUAUUGUUUUGUUGUGUUUCAUUUUGUUUUUCUAUUGGACAUUGGUCAUUUGUGAGAGGUUUAUGGGAAAACAUUGUAAGGGAUGGAACACUACAAAAUUAUAAGGGACGAAGGGGAGCAUCAUUUAGUCCAAGUAGAGAAUAUGUGAAUUAGGUGGAGAGAAUAUGCCUGUAUGAUAUAGGAGUUACAUGAGAACAAUACUGUAAUUUUUAAAGUAGACGACUACUUGUCUGUACAACCUAAACAUCUUAGUUUUACUAGGGCCAAUGAAUUUUCAAUGCCAUGAAAAAAUAUUCUUUAAUAUAUUGAAUUGUGUACAAACAACCCAAUCCAUUUAAUUGAAUGUGUUAUUCUUGCUUGAGAAUUUGAGUCCCCA